AUGAAGCAUACAACAAUUUCUACAAAGCCAUCAAUUCCUACAAAGCCUCCUACAGAACCGACGACGAAACCAAGCACAACGACCAGUACAACAACAACAACAACAACAACAAGUACAUUAUCGUCCGAAACACCUACAACAAGAACUACAUCACUUCGACCCACUUCGACUUUUUCAACACCAAUAAUUCCCCCACCGUCAAUGAAUGCAACGACAACAACGGAUCCAUCACUCACGUCGUCCACAGAAAUAACAAAUACUACAACAAAAAUAACAGAAACUCCUUCGACAUCUCUUCCGCCGUUCGAUACAGAAAUUACUACUAUACCCAAAUUUAAUUAUAUUCUUAGAAACAAGAUUGGAAUAGCGUGCAUUCUGACUAACAUGACGAUUCAGAUAAAUCUGCUUUACGCAAAUGAUUCUCAGAUAGUCAAAACUAAAUCGAUUGUUCCGACGGAUGCAAACACGACAGGUUUUUGCCAUGAAAAUAUAGCUCACAUGCAUUUACAUUGGAAAGAACCUCAAAAUGAAGCGGGCAGUAAUAAUGAGAAUGAAAUCGUUUUCAUUUACGGUCAUGAUGACAUCGAGUUUUUUCUCUAUUACAUUUCUAUACAACUGAAUGAGAAGAAAAUAAAAAAAGACGCAAUGCAGAGGCACAUGCAUUCAUUUUCCGCUUCAAUUAAAUAUGAAAUAUUUGUAUGCAAAACAGGCAUCACCAUAUACUUCGGGAAUGCAUUAAAUGUUGUUAUCUCUAAUGUUUAUCUAAUUGCAUUUAACGAUUGUCGCGAUAAUUGCACGAGAAAAGGUAUAUAGUA